AUGGCGUACUACGACGAUCGUCGCCACUAUGCACCCCGCGACCGUGGCCGUCCAGCCGCCGGUUAUGCUGCAGAUUACUACGAAGAUCACCCCCGGAGCCUCCAUGCAAGGCCUGAUCGAGAACUCUACCUCUCUCGAGGGGGUGAGGACUCGGUCGAGGAAAUCCAGCGCGACUAUCCUCCCGGGUCUGACUACGUCUAUGAGCGCGGCUACGACUCUCGUCGCUCGCGACGCCCGGUCUACGAGAAUGUGCGUCGUGCAUCCUCAGUUGGUGGCUACGAUCCGUCCUACGAUAAUGGUUACUACCGCUCCCGAACCCGACGAACUAGGCAAUAUGAUGAUCGCCGCCCCCGUCGCUCUCGCUCCAGAUACUCAUCGCCUUCUUCAUCCAGCCCAUCUCCGUCCCGUCAUAGACGCCGUAAGUCUCUGGGCGAAACUGCCCUCGGCGCUCUUGGCCUAGGCUCCGUUGUUUCCAGACACUCAGACCGCACUGAUCGUGGCCGCGCCCGAUCCUCUUCACGGCGCCGUGGUCGUGGCUACUCCUCAUCACGAUCUCGCAGUCGCAGUCGUGACCGUGAUCGCAACCAUCGUCAACGCAGCGAGCAGCGCCUUGCUCAGGCCGCGCGUGCCGCCUUAACGGCCGGUGCUGUGGAAGCUUUCAAAUCUCGCAAAGAACCCGGCGACUGGACUGGCGCCAAGGGCAAGCGGAUCCUCACAGCGGCUGUCGCCGCGGCCGGCACCGAUGGCCUCAUCGAUAAAGACCCCAACAAGCACUCUGGGCGUCACGUCGUGGAGUCUACGCUUGCAGGUCUUGCUGCGAGUCAUUUUGUCCGCGGUGGACGUUCCUCAUCCAAGGGACGCGAUGGCCGUGGCCGUUCUAGCAGUGGUCUCAAAGACCUCGCCGCCACGGGCGCCCUUGCCGCUGCCGGCAAAGAGAUCUUUGACCGCCUCUCGCGCUCGCGAUCUCGUCCUCGCGGCCGCGAUGAUCGUGACCGUGAUCAUGGUAGCGACGAUGAUCGCCGUGGAUCGAAGAAGCGAAGCAAGAGCGUGUCGGAGUACAUUACCAAGGGCAUCGCCGCCCUGGGCAUUGGAGAAGCAGCAUCCGACCGUGGUCGAGACGACCGCGGCCGUGACAGAGAUGAUCGAUACGAUCGACAUCGGGAGCGGCGUCAUCACCGGGACCGGGACUCCCGUUACGACUCCUAUUCAGACUCGGAUGCAGAGAGCGACUAUCGCAGCAGGGAUCACAGACAUGGCAGAGGCUCGAGAGAUGUAGGUCGAAAUCGUUCCAUGAACGGCAACAGAGCACCCCCCGUAGCAUCCCCCAUAGCACGCAACAGCGCGCCCCGUGGCGAGAAGGGCCGGGGAUCUACCAACCGGGGAUCCCACUCCAGCUCCGAAAGUGAUUCUGACUUAGGCGACAGUGACGAUGAAAAGGAGAAACGCAAGAAGAUGAAGCGGGACAUGUUGUUGACCUCCGGGCUGGCCACCGUGGCCACCAUCCACGCUGCCCACGGAGUCUACGGCGGGAUCCGGAAACGCAAGGAACGCACGCAGCAGGUGAAAGAUGGCGAGAUUACGACGGAGGAGGCGCGCAAGCGUCGGAUCAAGGAGAAUACCACGGAUGCAUUUAGCAUCGGGCUGGCAGCGUUGGGUAUCAAGGGCGCGUAUACGGAGUGGAAGGAGGUGAAUGAGAAACGCAAAGAAACGAAACACUUCCGGGAUGAAUGUGCGCAGCGUGCUUUGAAGCGGGAGAUGCGUCGUUCUCGGAGUCAGGGGUCUGCUCCGCAGAGUCGUCGCCGAUGGCCUGAUGAGAUUGAACACCCGACCGAGUCUCAUUAUGGGCAUAGCAGUGGUGGUGGCUUCUCGUAUCAUGAUGGAAAUCCUUAUGGAGCAACGAGUGCGGCACCGGCGAUCUCUUAUUAG